UCAAUACACGGCGACCGAAUGGAAGGACGUGUUAACUUGCUGAAGAAGACAAAAUUCUUGUAGAGAGCAUUAUUAUAGGAAAUUAUAGGACAGACUCUUCUUAGUUUCUGCAUUAAGUUCCAUCUUGGCCACGUGUUUUGUAUGUUGAGACUGGUGACUUUUGGUGAUAUGGCAAUGGUUUAGGAUAUGACUACGCAGGAAGCACAGUAAAAAAGCAAUGUAACUGAGAUUCCAGUAUAUACUUCUUCUAACUGCAAGACACAGAAUGGCUUCUACAGAAAUUCCGGUUGCUAACAACAUCCACUCUUUGACGAAUGGUAUAGAAAAUCAUAUUGAAUUCACCUCAAACCUCACCUCACCAGAACCCCAAGCAGAAGACACAAUCAUUACGAAAUAUUGUCUGGACUGCCAGAUAUCUAUAACGGAAACUCUCUUUUCCCAGAAGCACUCUUCACAUCACGUUAAGGCAGUUCAUCGUGACACAAGUGUCCGUGAACAACAGUUCGUCCUCGUGGACACUAUCAGCCAAAUUAAAAGAGAUACUAUCCCAAAAUUGCAAAAUUCCAUAGCAACCUUGGACGAAAUAAGAAUCGAUGUGGACAGAGGUUAUCAAUCAGUGACGGACAGCAUAACGCAAAAGUUUGAUACCUUAGCUCGGCUCUUAGAAGAACGACGACAUGCAAUGCUUUCUGAGGUAACAGCUAUAACGCAAAACAGACAAGAUCGUUUAUCUGAGCAAAGAGAUUCGGCAUACAAUACCUUAACGAUUAUCACCAAUUGUUGUCAUACGGCUAUCAACGCAACCUUCGAAUCUGAAGAUGACCCAAAUCUUUUAGCAACGAUCAAAUGGAAGCGUCAGUCUCUAAAUGACUUGUUGGCAUUUCCAGUUCAAGAAGCCCCAGAGCCUCCAUGUGCGAUGCUCUUUGAUUCUAGUGGCAUGGAAGAGAUUCAGGGUCUUGUGAAAACGUUUGGAUGCAUCCAAAGUGCAGGAGCUUCUAGAUUAGACGUGCAGAUAAAAGGAGAUGGCAUUAAGCACUUCGUUUUAGGAAGACCAGCAAAAUUCAACAUUACCAUAAAGGACAGGGUUUUACAGAUCGAGAAAGCAUCUUUAGUUGUAGAAGUCGUGGACGAUGGCAGCACAGAGAAGACGAUCGCUACGGUGACGGAGUUGGAGACUGGUUGUUACGAUAUUAAAUAUACACUUGCUAAAGAUUGUGUGCAUUUCGUCCACGUUAGAAUCUAUGGACAAUCCAUAACGAAUUCCCCAUUCAGAGUUGAUCCAAAGAAGGAAAUAGAACCAGAAAUAACAUUUUCUCGGAUACCGAAGAAACAGUCAAAACCACCUGGUCGAAAUAACAAAUCACCACCAAAAUAUGUUAUGACAGCCAAAAACACCAUGAUAGAGGACGACUUGAUCAUGAGAGUUGGAAUCAAAGGACGUAAUAAGGGCGAGUUUAUCAACCCACAGGGAAUCUGUUGUGCUAAUGGUAAGAUACUGGUAGCUGAUAGCAAUAACCAGGUGGUUCAAGUCUUUAACUUGGACGGAGAAUGUAAGCUGAAGUUCGGAUCCCCGGGUAGAGUAGCAGGAAAGAUUCAGCGUCCGACGGGAGUCAGUGUUACCAAUAACGGUAACUUCUUGAUUGCCGAUUACGAGAAUCGAUGGAUCAGUAUUUUUGGUCCAGAUGGAAAAUAUAUAAAUAAAAUAGGAUCCCGAAAGCUUCUAGGUCCAAAGGGCGUAACUGUGGAUAAAAAUGGUAGGAUUAUUGUUGUGGAUAAUAAAAGCAGUACUAUUUGCAUCUUCCAGAACAAUGGAAAACUUCUGGCUCAGUUUGGUACUCCGGGAAAUAGAGAUAACCAGUUUGCUGGGCCACAUUAUGUCGCUGUGAAUUCCAAUAAUGAUAUAAUCAUCACGGAUUUCCACAACCAUAAAGUAAAGGUCUACGAUAGUGAUGGUCAAUUUUUGCAUUGUUUCGGUUCUAAUGGUCAAGGUAAUGGUCAGUUCAAUGCCCCCACUGGUGUAGCGGUGGACAGUCAAGAUAACAUCCUGGUAGCCGAUUGGGGAAACUCUAGAAUUCAGGUGUUCGACAGUCAAGGCUCGUUCUUGUCUUACGUGAAUACAUCAGCUGAAUUGUUGUAUGGGCCACAAGGGUUAGCUGUAAUAACAGACGGACAAAUAGCUGUAUCCGACUCCGGCAACCACUGCUUUAAGAUAUACAGAUAUCUUCAGUGAAAUCAUGCGACUGUAAAUGUAAUCAUUUAAAACGACAUAUGGCUUUUGUUAUGGAAUGGUUGAAUACGUUUUAAUAAAACAUCUCUAGUUUUUACUCAGCUUUAAUUCAUGGUGGUAAGAUUCUUCACAGAGUUCCUGCUUCAACAUUCUACUUCAAAGAUCACUAAAGCAUCUUUAUGCAUUUCACAGGCAUUUAUGUGUACAUAAAUAUGGCGUACAGAUAGUGCAAUAAUAAACAAAGACGUGAAUUUUCGCUAACUGUGUUUGCACACACUAUAUAUUGUGUAUAGAACAUGGUACAAAGUUGGUGUUGUAAUACCCUGUGUGCCUAUCAUAUUGUGUCCAGUAUUGAUUCAUCUUGUCUGCAUUAUCAUAUGUGCGUAUACGAUGUCAAGUUUCAAACAAUAACACACUUGAUAUUAAGAACAUAAUCAUGUUGCUGAUCGGACGACAAAGAAACAUAGUAAUAACCAGAUGAAUUCUAGUUUGAUGUGCCUGCCCUGCAGCUUCCAUACGAGUAUUGUUAUUGUGCCUCUCAGCUUGAUUGGAGAACGUGGACUAAUGUGUCUAACCAGUAUAUAUGUGCAAUAUUAAUUUUAUAGAUGAUUAUAUAGUUUAGUGCUUAAUGAUAAUAUUCUGAAUACAAUUAUUGAGAUCUGGAGUUCAUAGAGUGUAAUUUUUAACAUCUUUAGUUGUGUUGGUUAAAUAAUUAAAACGCUGAUCCAUUGCUUGAUUAUCAUACGAAGAAAACUUGGUGUGUGAACGAAGACGAUUAAGACGAAGGAUUGUGAUCAGAAGACAUGAGUAAACGUUUAUCAUUUAAUUAAUCCUCAAAAUUAGGAUCCGUUUCCUAUAUAAUUCCUUUUGGGUUGUCUGAUACAUUUAGUUAUCGGAAUCAAAGUCAAUUUUGAUCCGCACCCUUCUGUUUUGAGAAUUUACAGUGCAAACAACCAUAGAUUAAGUAUAAUAGUGGUAGAAUGAGUUUCAUGUAUAGUUAUCACGGGGUAGUGUAGAGCUUUUAACAGUUAAAAUGUUUCAAGAAGCGAAACGAAAUUAAUAUAAUAUUUAUUUGCAUUGGAUCAUUAAGGCAGUAGAUUAGAUGCUUUAAGAGUUUUAUAUUUUUCUUACCUGGAACAUGGGGUUUGACAAUCCAAUAUCAACGCAUUAACGUGCUUCUAUAACAAAUACCUGAUUUUCUUUCAUUAGCAUCAAGUUUAUUUGUAUUCAAUUGCCUUACAUGUUAUCAUACUAUUUUUAAAUCCUUUUGUAGAAAAGUAGAACCAUAAAAUUGUGACGAUACCAUCAGAAUAAUAUAUUCACCGAUAUUAUUGAAGGAAUGCUUGCUGUGGUUUAUCACAAUUGCCAUAACAUAGCCAAUAUUUAUACGGUUAUAUUAUUAUUAUUUGUCACAUUAAAUUUCUUAAAUAUAGUGUAGAAUUGGUCAAUGUGUCUCUUAAAAUAAAAUAUGUUAACUAUACGAUAACAGCAAUCUAAACUUUAUAAUGAAGAAAAUAAUGCGUUAAUAAAAUCCAGCCAAAUAAUAAUUAGCAUAGGACUCUUUUAAAGUCGAUGAAUGAAAGCCUUGCAUUGUUUAAUUUCAACAAGAGUUGGAUUGGAUUAUCUUGUAUUUGCAUCACAUUCGUCAUUUAUGUAUAGACGUUACGGAUGAACCAUAGCAACAGAUCUGUAUUUAAGAUCUAUAUAUCCGGAAUCUGUGAAUGACCAAAUUUCAUUGGUGAACGGCAUUAUUGUCCUUUAAUGCCUAAAAAAUUAUAUCUUUCGGCCAUGCAACUUUUAUUGCCAGACAUGACCCAUAAUUAUUUAUCGACCAUUUUUGACCUUUCUGAAAUAAAUGUAAAUUAGCGAAAGAUUGUAGUGGAAUGGAUUCAGUUAGUUUCUUUACGUUGAUUGUUGGUUAACGAUUUCACAAUUGUGUUGUACAAAAUAAAAUACACUCAUCAAAUAUCUAACAUUUUAUUUCGUCUUGAUUUCGUAAUGUCACCAAGUUGUUAGAAUUGUUAUUGUAUGUGUAGCAAAUUAUAUUCUAUAGUACAUUAAUUUAUUGUAGUUUGUUACCUUCUAUUAAACAUUAUGGUAUAGCAGUAGUUUAAAGUUAGGGCCAGGGUGCUACCAAACUUUUUUCGCACUCUUGCCAGUUUUCACCCCAUUUAAUCAGUUUGAAAUACAGCUGACAGUGUAUAUUGUAAAGUAAUAGCUUCGCUUAGUGCGUCUUAUUUAAUUGGGUCAGAUAUACACACGAUUCAGUAUUGAUGCAAAAGUACAUGACAAAUUAGCGUAGAAUACAUGUACUUGGACCCUUCAAAUUAUGAGAAGUUAUAUCAGGUGCUCGUAAACAAAAAUAUUUAACGACAGUAGACAUUUUAGGCCACCCCUAACUUUUAGUGAGUGGAAACUACAGAGAAUAUAUAUUUGUAACACCCCCCCCCCCCAAUAUCUCCAGGUGUAGGCUUACCAUUACCCUUAGACUGGAAUUUUGAAUCUGAUUGUCCCUUUAAUAACCGUUCUUAUUCAAAUAACAAACGAAUAUUCACAGAAACACAAUCCAUACAGAAUCAUCGUUGCCCUGAAAUAAUUGGAUCUAAGUUAUCUCAGUUAUCAAUGGUCUGUAUCAUAUAAUAUCAUCUGCUUUAACUAAGAGAUGGCAAAUAAUUUCGAUGAUGUGCUUUAAAAAAAAUGUACAUGUAAUUAUUUAACAGUGUAUUAUUCAAAUCUUGCGCUUGAAUAAAUGAAAUAAAAU